UUUCUUGAGUCUUGUUUGAAAGAAAGUGGCUGCUGUUGUUUGUGUUCUGACAACCGAGCCAAACUGUACAGCGUGUAUUACAUCGGGCAAAUGAACUCGCUGUGUAUCUGCAGCAGAUACUUACAGGGCUGGAAAACAAUAAAAGACGCGCCUCGCCAAUAAACAACGCUGGCACGUUGUUUGAUAUGUUAAAAAGCAUAAUUUCAAAUGGCGGUGAACUGAGCUCAUCACCAGGAUUACAACAUCUGGGAAGACCCACCAAACGGGCAGAUGGACUUCUGAAGAGGAGGGAUUUACAGUGUUUUCUUUAAUAAUGGUAUUUAACAGCUGUGAGGCUUUUGACAAUCCAGUGUCUUACUUCUACAACAGGACUGGCAAGCCUAUUAGUCCAAACUGGCGCACUCAUGACUUUGUGGUGGUCGGUCUGGGGCUCCCCAUUUGUGUUUUCAUCAUCCUGGCCAAUAUGUUGGUCAUAGCGGCUAUAAUUGUCAACCGAAAGUUCCACUUCCCAAUUUAUUACCUUUUAGGAAACAUGGCGGCCGCUGACCUCUUCGCUGGCAUCUCGUAUUCGUAUCUAGUGUUCCACACAGGACCCUGGACCAUCAAUUUGACCAUUAAGGAGUGGUUUGUGCGUGGGGCAUUGAUUAACAUGAGCCUCACCGCCUCGGUGGUCAACCUGUUGGCAGUGGCUGUUGAGCGCCAUCAGACCAUCUUCACCAUGCAGCUCCACACCACGAUGACCCGCCGGCGAGUGGUCAUGCUGAUAGUCACCAUCUGGGUGGUGGCAGUUGUCAUGGGUUUGGUGCCCACCAUGGGCUGGAAUUGUGUGUGUGACCAGUUAGGUUGCAGCACGGUUGCGCCACUGUACUCGCGCAGCUUCCUAGUGUUUUGGGCCAUCCUCAACCUCAUGGCCUUCUUCAUCAUGGUGGCCGUUUACACGCACAUCUUCAUCUACGUCCGCCGGCGAAGUCAAGUUAUGUCCCCUCACACAGAUCAGCCCUCAAAUAAUCAGACGGUUAUCAGCCUCAUGAAGACCAUGUCCAUGAUACUGGGUGCCUUUGUGAUCUGCUGGACUCCAGGUCUGGUGAUCCUCCUUCUGGACGGUCUGAAGUGCAUCGAAUGUCACGUCCUGAAGUAUGAGAAGUACUGCCUGGUUCUGGCCGAGUGCAACUCUCUGGUGAACCCCAUCAUCUACUCUUUUCGGGACGAGGACAUGAGGACCACCUACAAACGCAUUCUCUGCUUCCCUUGGAGAAGAAUGCGGCCGCACGAGGGGCCUUCUGGCAUCCGCUUCGAGCCUGUGAAAACAGGGGCUCCCCCUGAGAAAAACAGCCAGAACUCCAGCAGCCCAGAGGCCGCUCCUCCACAAAGCCCAUUGUCUUGAUGGAAAAACCAUUUCUCCCUGUAAAUAAAUGACUUUGUAUUUGCUUAGUGAAAUGAGUACAAAGAGUAAAUAAUACUUCAUUUUUGAUA